UGAUUUGUACAGGGAACCACCACACGCACUUCCAAUAUGGCGGUGUCCCUCAAUUCUUCUGCAGAGGGUCCAGCCUUCAGCGAUAGUGACAUGAGCGCAGACGAAGGCUCAACCACUACUACCAACCAAAAUGUCGGUCUUAUAAGCUUAUUAAAACAAGAAAACAGAGUGUUGAAGAUGGAGCUCGAAACGUGUAAGCUGAGAUGUAAGUCGUUGCAGGAGGAGAACAGAGCGCUUCGACAAGCUAGUGUGUCUAUCCAAGCAAGAGCAGAACAAGAAGAAGAGUUUAUAUCCAAUACACUACUAAAGAAAAUACAAUUAUUAAAGAAAGAAAAAGAGACUUUAGCUACAAACUAUGAACAAGAAGAAGAGUUCUUGACAAAUGAUUUGUCAAGAAAGUUGGCCCAGUUGAGGCAAGAAAAGAUCCAGCUAGAACAGACACUGGAACAAGAACAGGAAUACCAAGUGAACAAACUAAUGAGAAGAAUUGAUAGACUGGAAUCAGAUGUAUUAGCUAAACAGGCUACUCUAGAACAGUUGAGAAGAGAAAAGGUUGAUCUGGAAAACACACUAGAACAAGAACAAGAACUACUUGUUAACAGACUGUGGAAGAGAAUGGAUAGGCUAGAAGCUGAGAAAAGGAUGUUACAAGAAAAGCUAGAGGAGCCUAUUUCAGAGCCGCCCUCUCCACGGCAGUUUACAGAAUCAGGAGAUGCUGUUGGAGGCAUAGCAACACACAUCACUUCACUUAGAGAAGAAAUAAGAAGACUUAGGUUACAGCUGGCAAAAUCUGAAGCAGACUACUGCGAAAAGAUGCAGGCAUAUGCCAAAGAAGAACGCCAGACAAAGGAAGAAAACAUCAGACUUCAGAGAAAGCUACUCAGAGAAAUGGAAAGAAGAGAAGCACUGAGCAGACAGCUGUCAGAAAGUGAAUCUAGCUUGGAGAUGGAUGAUGAGAGACAUUUCAAUGAAAUGACAUCACAUGGUCAAGCAAACACAAGUGGAUCAGCGCAUCGAGAACGGACCAUCUCCAGUCCUGUUCCAUUGAGUACUGGAAGACCCAUCUCCCCUGGCUAUGGGUUCACCCCACCUUCCCCUCAUAUGAGUCGAUACUCAUCCACAGGAAGCCUGUCCAGUUCUUUACCACCAGCUGGAUCUUCUCCACCUACUCACCACAUCAUCCACCAUAGGCAUCCCAGUCCAGCUGGAUCAAGUAACCUGCCAAGACCUUCAUCAGGAUCAUAGGCAAUAAGGUAAUGACAUUCAACACCAGGUAUAAUGGCACGACAUUUACCAUUGGUUUGUUCCAUUAUCUUCAUCAGUGGUUAAGCUUUUUAAUGUACUGUCUCUUAGUUAAAGCAUGUUAACCAGGCUUCAAUGGCCUGAGCUUCAACGGCCUAAGUAUUUAAGUAUAACUAUGACAGUACUUACAGUAGGUACAUGUAUUGGUAUUGUGACAACAAGCACCCUGUAACAUGUGUGCUAUUGUCAGGUUGUUUCUUGCUGUCUAGCAAGCAUGUUUUGAUUGCAACAUGUGUAAUAUCAUCAGGUUAUUUCUUGCUGUCUCGCAAGCAUGUUUUGAUUGCAACAUGUGUGUUAUUGUCAAAUUAUUUCUUGCUGUCUCGCAAGCAUGUUUUGAUUGCAACACGUGUGCUAUUGUCAGGUUAUUUCUUGCUGUCUAGCAAGCAUGUUUUGGUUGUUACAUUUUGAUUAACUAAAGUACCGGUAUGCCGGCAUAACCUUGAUUUUAUUCUGCCAAGUAAAUUCAUGGUUCUGACUCCCCUUAGUUACUGUUGCUAUGUCCCACAAAUUCAACGAAAUUAAUUAGCUGGUCAGAGUAUCUCAGAAUUGAAAACUCUAAUCACAGAUAAUUGAUUAUAAAUUGUUUUGUUUACUGUCCUGUGAAAAUAAUAUAAAAGUACCUCAUAAUCCUUGUAGUACUCUUUAAAACAGAUACUUUGUAAUUGUUUGUGGGACAAGUUUUAAUUGUAUUGGGAAAACUGUUGCAAUGUGCAAUGGUGAUUGAUUUGCCAUUGUCCUAGUCAGAACCAUGAAAGGUACUUUGGAUUGCGAAAGAGUUAUUUUAAAAACUAUUUAAAUGGUGUUUGUGUGCAGACCAAAAGAAUACAUUUGUUCUUUCCCCUCUGAAUAUACUGCCCAUGUCAAUCAUAUUAAAAAACAAUAUAUAUUUACGGUCACUGCAUGUUUGUGUACCAAGAUUAAAGAGGUAUUCAACUCACCUCUCCUACUAACUACUAAAUGUCUAUGAGUGAUCUUAACUGCAGUGAUAGAUCUAAGGUUACUGUAUGGUAUUAGACACUACACUGUCAAUGACAUCCUGAUACCAAUACACACACUAACAGGUCACAUAACCUUACCUCCCUUAAAACGAACAUUUGUGUUAAAACAAACAUCAGAAAUAAAAAAACCUCGAUAUCAGUAAGAGUGCGCAAUAGUGCUGAUUGUAGGAGAAAUGACAUUUAUUAUAAAAUCGAAUAUUUUAUAAGGAUUGGUAUGGAAAAAGUGUCCAGCACAUUUCCCCAUACAAAUCCUUAUGUAAAACAUUAAAUUUUAUAAACAAUGCCAUUUCUCCUGGUUUGCUUGUCAUGAUCUGAAACUCCACCUCCCUACUAAAGUUGAGCUGCUCUUUUCAUUUCUGAUCGUUUUCACACGGCUCUUUAAGGGAGGCAGGGUCACGUGACCUGUUAUCGGUUGAUUCAAGAGAAAGUUUGGUGAUUAUAUAAAGUUAUUGUUAUAAUUAAGAUGAAAGGUUUAAAAUAGAAGUUCUACGUUGUCUUACCUUGAGCAUCAGAAGACUAUAUCGUGUUACAAUACAAAGAUAUAAUAAAAACAAGAUUAAAGGUAACCGGGCACUUGUUAGUCUCCUAACUCCGAAGCCGUUAUUAGUUUCGGUCCCAGACCACCACGGGCCCUCUCCACUACAGGGCCCGAGAGGAUCUGGGACCCAAACUAAUGACAGCUGCGAAGGAGACUAGACACUUGUGUGCCCUUAGAAAGAUUAAACAUU